AUGGAUGUUUUUGAUGGAAACAAAUUCCUCAACACUGUUCUUCUCCUCGUCACAACCAUUAUCGUAGCAAAACUCAUUUCAUCUUUCAUUAUCCCCAAAUCUAAAAAACGCCUACCCCCAAUUCUUCCAGGAUGGCCCAUUAUCGGAGGCCUCUUCCGUUUCCUCAAAGGUCCAAUCUUUAUGCUCCGUGAAGAAUACCCUAAACUCGGUGGCGUUUUCACCUUGAAAAUCUUUCAUAAAAAUAUCACCUUUUUGAUUGGUCCUGAGGUUUCUGCGCAUUUCUUCAAAGCUCCUGAAGCUGAUCUUAGUCAGCAAGAGGUUUAUCAGUUUAAUGUCCCGACUUUUGGGCCUGGUGUUGUUUUUGAUGUUGAUUAUUCUGUUAGACAGGAACAGUUUAGGUUUUUUACUGAAGCGCUUAGGGUUAAUAAACUCAAGAGUUAUGUUAAUCAGAUGGUUUCUGAAGCUGAGGACUAUUUCUCAAAAUGGGGAUCAAGUGGUGAAGUUGAUUUGAAAUAUGAACUUGAGCAUCUGAUCAUCUUGACAGCCAGUAGAUGUCUGUUGGGGCGUGAAGUUCGUGACAAGCUCUUUGAUGAUGUCUCUGCAUUGUUCCACGACCUCGACAACGGAAUGCUUCCAAUCAGUGUUCUCUUCCCAUACCUACCAAUCCCAGCUCACAGACGCCGCGACAACGCACGCAAGAAGCUUGCUGAAAUCUUUGCAAACAUUAUAUCUUCCCGAAAAGGCUCCAACAAAUCAGAGGACGACAUGCUUCAGUGCUUCAUUGACUCAAAAUACAAAGACGGUCGCCCUACAACAGAAGCCGAAGUCACUGGUCUCCUUAUUGCCGCUCUUUUCGCUGGGCAGCACACCAGUUCAAUCACCUCAACUUGGACUGGAGCAUAUCUCCUGUGCAACAAACAGUACCUUUCUGGUGUGGUGGAGGAGCAGAAGAACUUGAUGGCAAAACACGGCGAUAGAGUUGAUCACGAUGUUUUGGCUGAGAUGGACGUCUUGUAUAGGUGCAUUAAAGAAGCCUUGAGACUCCACCCUCCAUUGAUUAUGCUGCUUCGAAGCUCACACAGCGAUUUUAGCGUCACUACUAGAGAAGGGAAAGAGUAUGACAUUCCCAAGGGUCAUAUAGUUGCAACAUCCCCUGCAUUUGCAAACAGGUUACCUCACAUUUUCAAUGACCCUGAUAAGUAUGAUCCUGAUAGGUAUGCUAUAGGGAGGGAAGAAGACAAGGCGGCAGGGGCAUUCUCUUACAUUUCCUUUGGAGGUGGUAGACAUGGAUGCCUCGGAGAGCCUUUUGCAUAUCUGCAGAUAAAAGCAAUUUGGUCUCAUCUUCUUAGAAACUUUGAACUGGAGCUUCUGUCACCUUUCCCUGAGAUUGAUUGGAAUGCCAUGGUUGUUGGAGUGAAAGGAAAAGUUAUGGUCCGAUACAAGCGAAGGGAGCUUUCUGUUAAUCAAUAG